AUGACGCUGAAUGAUCUGAAAUUGGCCGACGUUUAUGGACCGCCGCGGCCUAGCAGUGACAUGAACGCCACUCAGUAUAAACGUCAGCGCACCCGCACACACGUAGUUUGUCCGGCGACGUCGGAGGUCUGUCGGCUACCACAGGGGCGCCUUCCAUCAGAAGUUUCAUCAAAGCUCUUAGAGUUCGGCGAGAAUAAAUCGCUGGCGAGAGUCAACCUGCCGCUAGGUGUGCAGCGAGCGCUCGUCACCUUCGACUGCUCUCUUGUCAGUCACGCGGGACAGUACCUCUUCCGGCUGUACGAGGACGCCGACACGAUGUCGGCCGAGAGCGCCCCCAUGCGGGCGCAGUGGCCGCGGAUCGACCUCGAGCUUCCGGCGAAGCACGCUGCCAACACUGCCGACGUGACGCUGAAAAUUGAGGCUUAUGGCGCCCCCUGUACGCCGGCCGACCGCAAGCAGCGCAACUGGCUCGAACUCAUCUACCGCAGCGACGCCGACGACGGCGGCGGCGGCGGCGGCAACCAAUCGCAGGCCGAGGAGAAGGUGAUAGCGCGCGAGGAGUUUCCGCCAUUUUGGCGGCUCACCGUCGCCGAAUGGAUCCUCAAGUGCAGCAUGAUGGAGGUCGCCGGGACGUACGGCGUUGUCUACCGCUCGUCGGCGAGCGACGACGUCAUCGCGCGCAGCCGCGACAUGCGCGUUGGCUGGAGCGACGCGUACGCCGUCACCGUCAACCGGACGAGCAUCGCGCCGUGCCGCGGCCACGUCGUCGUCGGCUACGGUCGGCCGGCGUGCGUCGGCGACCGCGACGUCGUGCGCCUGUACGCGCAGUCGACGGAGAACGUCGCGUCGCUCGUGAAGCCCGUGACGCUGCUCUACGUCAGCGAGCGACGCGUGCGCGACGAUCGCUCGCAAGUGACGUUCAGCUGCCGGAUGUUCACGCGCAACAACUUCGCCUACUGCUUCAAGUACGUGAGCAUCAGCAGCAGUGACGCCGUCACCGAGCAGUGCAGCAUGUGCUUGUCAACGCUACCAGUACUAGAACCGGUCGUAGAUGGAGCUUGGAGCGCGUGGAGCGGCUGGGGCGAUUGCACCGCCCCUUGCGGCGACGGAGUACAGAAUCGUUAUCGUAUCUGUGAUGAUCCGCGGCCGUUGAAUGGCGGACAAUUCUGUCCCGGUGCGCCGGUCGAAACCAAACACUGCCGCCUUAUGGAUUGCCAAGUUGCCGUCACUCCAGAUCCGCUGGCGAAGUAUAGCAACGAAGGGAACUGCACCUGCGGCUGUGCGCUGAACAAGACACGCGGGGCUGGUUACAUAUCAUCGUCCCAGAAACGUUGCGCUGGUCACAAUGUCUGGAUAAUACAGGGUCCCAGAGGCAGCCGCGUCAACCUCACCUUCGCACUCUUCGACCUGAACUCACGCAGCGAGACACUGCGCGUGCGCGACGGCGUCGAUCGGCAGGCAAGCCUCCUGCUCAUGCAGUCCGGCGCGCUGGUGCCGCCCCCUCUGCAGACGUCAGCCAAUGGCGCGAUGCUCGAGUUUAAGACUCCGCUCAGAGACCCGCUGGGGCUUUCGGAAACGGGGUCGGGCUUCGCUGUCGAGUAUAGGAUCGUGUUGGGGGAGAGCAUCGUCACGGACGCCGAGCGCGAGCAGUGGUACGAGAACAUCAUCAGCGUCGUCGGCAUCAGCGUCUGCGCCGCCACAAUCGUCAUCGUCGUCGGUCUCGUGCUCGUGCAUGUGCACAAGCGGCGGCGUCUGCAUCGCAAGCAGCUGCUGCUCUACAAGGACGGCACGACGAACACGACGCCGCGCUUCACCCCGCUCAGCCAGCGCAGCUCCGACGACGCCGCCGACGCGAAGAGAGAAUGCCUCUACGUGUUCCGCGAGGGGCGCGCCGGUCGCGGCGGCUCGAUACCCGGGGAGCGACUCGAUGAUUCGCCGAGUCGCCGGUCGCCCCCGAGCAUCCCGAGCCCCUACCAGUACAACGCCAGCCCCGAGGACUACCUACACGACAUCAACGUGUUCAAGGCGAAGGCGGCGCGCGAGGCCUACAAGUGGCAGAAGAAGCAGCAGCAGCAGCAGCAGAGUCCGCGCCACGCCGACGCCGACUCGCCAAACUUUGACUUCCGGAACGGCAAGCACGCGGGCAAGGACCGACAUUCGAAGCAGAAGCUGCUGCUGCCCGACGAAACGGAAGUCGCCGCCGACGUGCACGAUGACGUCAUGCAGCAGAGCAUCGAGCAGAACUGGGAGGUGCCGCCGCCGUACGACCCCGCCGAGGGCAGCGCCCCCGCGCGGGAGCGUCGGCCGCGGCCGACCAGCCUGCUGCGCGACGGCGGCUACGUGGCGACGGCCGUCGGCAAGCCGGACAGCGAUCGGAAGCGCGGCACGUCAUCGUCGACGCUGCAGGACGACGCGCGACGACCGGAGAGCACGCCGACGCACUCCAGCAAGACGUCGCUGCAGUCGAAAUACAGCGGCUCCUCUAGGGGGCAGCAGCAGCAGCAGGCGAGCCCCGAGCGACGGCGUCGGCACGCGAGCGGCGCGCAGCUGUCGCCGUCGCGCGAGGAGAACAUCCCGCUGUCGGGCCGGCCGACGCCGACGCGCAGCCUCGCGGCGACGACGCCGAGCGACGCGGGCGGGUUCGACAUCGGCAUGGAGUGGGACAUCGAGUACGACUACGGCAUGCAGUACGUUCCGGGCUCCUACUUCAACAUGUCGUCGGAGUUCAUCAACUACGCCGGAUCGGGGGCCGGCGGCGACAUGGAGACGUCGUUCGACUGGAACAUGCCCGAGUCGGAAGCGCUGAAGGUCGUCACUCCGAAGCAGACGACGCCGACGACGCCGACCAACUCGACGCUGACGGCGACGCUGCUCGCGUCAUCGGCGUCGGCGCGCACGCCGCUGAGCGUCGUCGCCGAUGCGCCCGACGUCGACGACGCGACGAGAGGAAACCAAAAAGCGGGCGACGUCGGCAGUGGCGCUGCGGGCGUGCCGACGGACGUGAAAUCAAAAGUGCUGAAUGCUCAACAGAACGACUUGAGUAAGACUCCACCGCCCGGCAGUGCCUCGCCCAAGUUAAGUGCAAUCAACCUCACCACGUAG